AUGUCGAAUAUCAACGAGAGAGACAGCCUUCUACCAGGCCAGCCCCGCAAAACGCACGCAGAGUCAUUCAAGUGGCUGAUUAAAUCUGGCUGGCAGAUAAAUUUGCUGCUGGUCUUCGUACCGCUCAGCUUCCUUUCACAUUUCCUGCAAUUAAAUGACAAGCUCAUUUUCAUUUCCUCUUUCCUCGCUAUUAUCCCACUAGCAAAGCUUCUCGGGGAUGCCACCGAGCAAGUCGCGCUUAAGCUCGGCGAUACGCUUGGUGGGCUUCUCAACGCGUCAUUUGGAAAUGCCGUUGAGUUGAUUGUCGGUAUCGUCGCACUCAAUCAGGGACAGUUGAGAAUUGUGCAAACGUCAAUGCUUGGUAGUAUUCUCUCUAAUCUUUUACUCGUCCUUGGAAUGUCCUUCUUCGCUGGUGGUAUUGCGUACAACGAAUCCGAGUUCCAGCAAACUGCUGCACAAGCAUCAGCAUCAGUUAUGACCCUCAGUUGCAUUACGUUGAUUAUACCUGCUGCUUAUGAAUCCUCAUUCGGGAGGACAUUCGAAGGCGAGCAUGACGGACUGCUUAUCAUCUCCAGAGGCACUGCUCUCCUUCUCCUGCUUAUCUACGGCGCUUACCUUUAUUUCCAACUAAAGACGCACGCUCAUUUGUUUGAUACUACAUCAGAAGAGGAAGAUGAGGAGCCUGAAAUGAACACGACGGCAGCAUGCGUCGCACUGCUUGUCAUUACUGUUAUUACGUCAUUCUGCGCUGAUUACUUGGUAGGCACUAUCGACACAGUAGCGCAGGAGUGGCAUCUACCAAAGCCAUUCAUCGGUCUCAUUCUCCUUCCACUCGUCGCUAAUGCCGCAGAGCAUGUAACGUCAGUGUGGAUGGCAUCUAAGGGCAAAAUGCCGCUGGCUAUUGGUGUAUCGAUUGGUUCAUCGAUUCAAAUCGCUGUAUGUCUUCUGCCACUCCUUCUGGUCAUUGGAUGGAUCAUAGGUCAGCCUCUCACCCUUUUCUUCAACAACUUUGAAACUGUUUCGCUAUUCGUUAGUGUCCUCCUCGUCGCGCUCAUUGUCCAAGAUGGAAAAUCCAAUUGGUUGGAAGGUGCCAUGUUGGUUGUGUUGUACAUUGUCCUAGCAUUAGCAUUCUACGUAACACCGUAG